UUCGCAAUGUUUUAAGUUCGAAAAAGUGCUCAAAGCUUAAGCCACAAGCCAUAACGCUAUUGGCGAGGCUUGUACUGUCUUGCAAGAGAACCGAGUCCGCGGCAAGCAUGACAAAAGCUGAAAUCUUUCUGGCGUGUUUUCUGCUACUGUUUAUUUCUUCGUUGGCUGAUCCGGUAGAUGAUGCAUUUGGUCUGGAGUCAGAAGCUACAGAUGACUUCAAUGAUUUUGAAGACAGUGCUGACGAUGCAGAUGGUUAUUUUGAUGACUUGUUUGAUGACGAGGGUUCAGCAUGCUCUAACUACACAAUAUUGAACGAACCGGACAGAGCGGUGUACGCCCCAAGAGGUAACACCUCCUGUGGACGACUUGAUGGUAAUGGGUGGUACCGCAUAUCAGGUGAUGCCGGGAAUGCUGUACUGACCACGUGCCCUAACAACAGAACCUGCGGUGCAAGGUAUUAUUCUGGGUGGAUGAACGGUUCGCACCCAACCGUGGACAUGGGAAUAGUCAACAGAACCCUUUGUUUCUCUCUUUCUGCAUUUGGUAGAUGCUGCGCAAGACGAGAAACAAUUUUCGUAAAAAAUUGUGGCGCCUUUUACGUGUAUCGCAUGCGGACCAGCUUACCAUCGUGUUAUUAUCGAGUCUGUGGCAAUGGUCGUAAUGAGCUACUACCAACACCAACACCAUUCGUCAGGGUCCGUCUUGUCAAUGGAGGGGCGCCCUACCGCGGUCGAGUGGAGGUUCUUUACGGCGGUAUUUGGGGCACCAUCUGCGAUGAUAAUUUCGGUCUCCCUGAUGCAUAUGUGAUAUGCAGAAUGUUGGGGUAUUAUCGCGGGGUCAGGUCGGCGCCUUGCUGUGCUCGAUACGGACAAGGGAGUGGUCGAAUAUGGCUCGACGACCUGAACUGUAAUGGCUCUGAGAGAUCUAUUGCACAGUGCCGCCAUCGGGGAUGGGGAGUACACAAUUGUGGACACAGCGAAGACGCAUCUGUAGAAUGCAUAACAUCCAAUCCAAUAACACCAACACCCUUCCGCUACACCACCCGGCGACCAUUCCCCUACACCACCCGGCGACCGUUCCCCUACACCACCCGGCGACCAUUCCCCUACACCACCCGGCGACCAUUCCCCUACACCACCUGGCCACCGUUCCCCUACACCACCUGGCGACCCUUCCCCUACACCACCCGGCGACCCUUCCCCUACACCACCCGGCCACCGUUCCCCUACACCACUCGUCCUCAAGUCUUUGUGCGUCUGGUGGGUCCAUACAGUCACCUAGGGGAGGGGAGGGUGGAAGUGUUCUAUCGCGGCCGCUGGGGCACUAUCUGCCAGAAUGGCUUCGAUUUGAGAGACGCCGAUGUCGUGUGUCGCAUGUUGGGCUAUCGAUCGGCGUUGGGGUAUGAUCGAUGCUGCUCUAGACAAAGGCCCGGUUCAGGCUUCAUCUGGCUGGAGGGCUUGUCAUGCUAUGGAUAUGAGUCGUCCAUCUCUUUGUGUCGUCACCCCGGAUGGGGGAACACAUUUUGCAGCCAUGCCCAGGACGUGGGGGUCCGUUGUCGGUCAAAUUUCGUUACUUCUAAACCGCCAAGCCGAAAUACAAUUCACCCGCUGCUCAACGACGCCAUCAUGUUGAUCAAGUCCCUGAUCGAGACGUUCCAGAGCCUUCUGCGUAUUGUUGAAUCCGCUAUCAAGAUCGGAGGAAGGGUAGCAGGAAUCAGAUUUAAACGCGACAUCACACACCACAUGGCUCAGAUCGACCAGCACGUCGCUCGCGUGCCGAACUUCUUGACCGAGGAGCCUGGCGACGAGUUAAUAAGACUCGUGCGCAGAGACUACAUCGGCUCAUGCAUGCGAGCUAAUAAGCUGCUCAAAAUACUUGACGGAGCAAACACAGAGCAGCAAUCGAGAGAAGAUGAAGACUAGGCCACUAAUAAGUGAAAGACGGCGUCAUCUUGUUAAUGUUAAGAGUCAAGGAUUGAAAACAGCUUCUAAUUUUUUAAAUGCUUAAGAAUCAUUACAGCCCCAAAGAUGUGUUAAAUUUGUCUUUUUACCUGACGAUUGUUAUUGCUGAUAAUAAAAUUAUAGUUUGCAGCA